CCCUGGGGACUCCGGGGACCGGGAUCUAGCCGUUUUAUUUUUGUUGUUUUGCUGCCAAGAACGGCGAGAAGCGGAGAAGGAUUUUGUGUGGUCUGAUUCGAAUCAAUAUCAUUUGGGGUAUUGUUUUAGAUUGAUUGUCAUUUUGUGUGGUUUUGUUUUGGCCUUGAAUAGGCUUUGUAUGGCAUGCUUAUGUACUAAAUAUGUAAUUUGAUUGGUUGUUUAUGUUUUUCAAGAAAUGUCAGAUGGCCAACCUCAAUCCGAUUAACAUGCCUCUACAGCUUAUAGUGCAAACGAAAUUGUUGAAUUGGAAAAUACUAUUGAUAAAGAUGAUGAAAUGGAUGAAAUGGAAGAAAUGGGUAUAGAACAAUCUUGGGAUGAGCCAAACAGGAGCAAGAGAUCUGAGGUGUGGAUUGAAUUUGAAAUUGUAAUAGUAGAUGGCAACAUAAAGGCAAAAUGCAAUCAUUGUAGUGCUAAAUUGGCAUGGAAGAAGGGGGGUGCCACAACUCAUCUUAAAAGAUAUUUAAAAGCCUUCAUGCCUCGAAAACUUUCUAAGUCUAGCGAAGACAAAGAGUUAAAACAAAGCUUAUUGUCUUUUGAGGUUACUCAAGGUCAUGCAAUGUUAGCAACUUACAAGUAUGAUAAAGACAAGGUAAGAGAGAUUCUUGCAAAGAUGUUUAAAGUGCAUGAGUAUCCUUUUAGGAUGGUGGAACAUCAGUUCUUUCUUUUAUUCUUUAAAGCUCUUAACCCAAAAUUUGAGCUAAUAAAGCGGGUUACUUUGAGGAAUGACUGCAUGAAAAUAUUUACAAUUGAGAAGCAAAAGUUGAGAUCAAUGUUAAGAAAUGUUGAUCGAAUUAGCUUAACGACUGAUCUAUGGGUCUCAAAUCAAAUAAUAGGGUACAUUUGCUUUACUGGACAUUUUUUAGAUUCUAAAUGGAAGUUGCAAAAGAGAAUUUUAAAUUUUUGUAGCUUGGCACCUCCCCACACAGGAAUUACUAUUGCUGAUUGUAUUCUUCAGUGCUAACUGAAUGGGAGAUUGAAGAUAAGAUUUCCACUAUUAUGUUAGACAAUGCAUCUUCGAACGACACAGCAGUCAAGAUCUUGAGGGAUAAUUUUGCAAUAAAAAAAAAGCUUUAUUUCAAUGAAAAAAUAUUUCAUGUUCACUGUUGCGCACAUGUUUUGAACCUAAUGGUACAAGAUGGUUUAGCAGAAAUACGGGAUGUAAUUGAGAAUAUCAGUAAAAGUGUGAAAUAUCUGAAGAUGUCUCCUUUAUGACUUUAUAAGUUUAAUAAAAUUGUUAAACAGUUGAAAUUGUGAACCUCUAAAAUUCUUCAACUUGAUGUGCCUACUCGAUGGAACUCAACAUAUGAAAUGCUAGAGUCAGCAUUGGAGUUCAAACCGGUGUUUCCAAUGUACAAGAAAAUAAACUCCAACUAUAAAUGGCUACCAUCCGAGGAGGACUGGAUACGAGCUACAGAGGUUUCAAAAUUUUUGGAAGUUUUUAAUGAAGCCACAGAAGUGUUCUCAGGACGUCAAUAUCCAACUUCAAAUUUGUUCCUUAAAGAAAUAUGGAGAGUGAAGAAGAAAUUAAAUGAUAUGUCCUUCGAUACUAGAGAUUUUGUGAUGCGCAUGACUCGAAGAAUGAAUGAAAAAUUUGAGAAGUAUUGGAGAGACUGUAACUUACUAAUGGCAAUUGGAGCAGUUUUGGAUCCUCGCUAUAAAAUGCGGCUCAUUAUAUUUUGUUUUCCAAAAAUUUAUGGUGUGGAUGUUUUUCAACGCCAUAUUGAUGAUGUUCGUGAAGCUUUAGAUAUGCUCGACAAAGAAUAUGUAUCUUUAGAGGGACAAAUAAAUGUUAGUGCUAGCAAUAUCACUAGUACCUCCUCCAAACUGAAAAGAAAAAGAAGGGCUGAUGAUGAUUUUGAUAUGUGGGCUGAACAACAUAGGGAUGUUAUUCCUGCAAACAAAACUGAGUUGGACAUAUAUCUAGAAGAAGGUAUUUACAAGCCUAGUGAUGAAGCCUAUGACAAGUUUGAUGCUUUGAACUGGUGGAAAGCCAAUAUCCUAAAAUUUCGCUAUUUAUCAAAAAUGGCUCGGGACAUACUAUCCAUUCCUAUUACUACUGUUGCUUCGGAGGCUGCAUUUAGUGCUGGAGGUAGAGUGCUUGAUCGAUAUUGUAGCUCUUUGAAGCCUGAGACUGUACAAGCUUUGAUUUGUACUGGAGAUUGGUUGCGUCAUGAGCUUGGAUUGGAGCAGUCAUCAAAUGUUGAUGAAGAGUUUAUGCAAUGGAACACAGAGACUGGUCUAAACUAGACUACUUGAGAACUUGAGAUUUAUUAUGUUUAUUGUGUUUCUUGAACUCUUUUGUAGAACUUGAUUUGUAUGGGAUGUUUUUUAGUUUGUUGGGGUUUCACUUAAACUAUUUAAAUUC